AUGGCAAAGCUGGUCAGGAGUAAGGCACAUCCCCACGUUGAAGUCAGACACAGGAGGAAGCUUCACUUAUCAGGUGCCCAGCACCAGCAACGACCAAGGGGUCCACACGCAAACCCACAGCAGCCACACAAAAUACCAGCCAGAAGGCUCCAGCAAGCCCAGGUGAGUCAGGGCCUGGCGUCUCGCAGGGUUCUUCAUAUUGAGUUCCUGAGGUUCUCCAGCCCUGAGCACUCAGGUAUGGAGCCCCUGAAUCUGACCUCACUCUUUGGUGGGUUCCCUCGCCAUUUGUCUGAUCUCACCCUCGCAUCCGGAUCUCGCCCCAUGACUCUGGUCAUUGCUGAUGACAGCAGCCCAGAGUGGUAUGCAAGUACAGUCCACAAACUUGCUGCUCUAAACAGACUAGUGCAUUUAAAGCAUCUAGACCUCAAAAACAUCAACUUCAUUAAUCUGUCCGACAUUGGUCUAAUGUUCAAAAACUUGACCAAACUUGAGCAAUUAAGUCUUUUUGAGUGUCAGGCAGAUGCUUUGGAGGUAGAACUUAUUCAGGACAUGACCUCUCUGAAAUACUUGUAUCUGGACAUAAUAUCAACAGAGGUCAACAUAUCUCCAGAUUUCUUUGAGUAUCUAACCAGCCUGAGGUUUGCACUAAUCUUAAAUAUUCAACUUCGCUGCACAUGUGACAACACCAGAUUUGUUUGGUGGGCAGAGCAGCAGCAGCAAGCGGAGGUGUACUUCUGGUCUAUCCUGGACAAACCCUUGCAGUGCCUUUCAGGAGGUGGCCCACAAGACAUUCACCAGUAUGGCCAGGCCCACUGCAGUCUAGACGUGGGCUUCCUGAUGUUCACCAGCACGUCAUGCCUUAUACUGCUCUUCAUGACAACUGUAGUGUUGCAUCAGAUGGCCAGAGAGUACCUGCUGGCCUUCUACCACAUUGCCCACGGCUGGAUGAAUGAGGCAUUGCGUGGCAGAAACGCAGGACCACGCUACCAGUACGAUGCCUUCGUGUCGUACAGUGGCAGAGAUGAGCGCUGGGUGGUGGAGAGUCUCCUACCCAACCUGGAACAAAGGGGGCCCCCGUUCCUGCGACUCUGCCUGCACACCAGGGACUUUCAGCUGGGGAAGGACAUCGUGGAGAACAUCACGGAUGGUCUUUACCAAAGCCGCCGCACCCUCUGCCUGGUCAGUCGCCACUUCCUGCGCAGCAACUGGUGCUCCCUGGAGAUGCGGCUGGGCACUUAUCGACUGCAGGCUGAACACAGAGACGUGCUCAUCCUGGUGUUUCUGGAGAAGAUCCCCUCUAACCUGCUGUCCGCUCACCACAGGUUGGCACGACUGGUCAAGACCAGAACCUACAUGGAAUGGCCACAGGACCCUGCUCAACAACAGGCUUUCUGGGACAGACUAUGGAAAAAACUGUUGGAAGGCAGGGUGCAAUGA